GACAUUGAUGGAGGACGACAAAUAUUUAAUGGAAAAGAUCUCGUCAGAUGAGGAAGGAGAAUAUGGAGAGGGGAGAAGUAGUCAAUUAAUUGGUGAUGGGAGAGAACUUGAUUCAUUUUCAAAGGAAGUGGAGGAUAAGAGCACAAAAUCAAAUGAAGAAUCACCUCAAAAACCAAUUUUUACAACUUCACAAAUUUGGGAUGAACAAGAAUUGCAUGAUGAUGAGGAAGGAGAAAAUGAGCAAUUAAUGGAAGAUGAAAGUUUAAAUGGAAUAAGUACUUCACCUUUUUGGACACAGUCUAUAGCUCCUGGUAAAUAUUACAAUCGGGCUCGUGGAGGAGGUCAAACAGCAACGCCAGCUUUACUUUCUCUUCAACGCCAAUUUGAAAAUUGUAUUAUUCAAACAAUUAAAGAAGGUUUAGCAACACAACCAAAAAGUGAUCCUCCUUCAAUAAAUCUAAAUAAUUGUUCUUCUCAUAAUUGUGAUGCUGCUAAUAAUAAUUGCUCAAAACAUGUAGCUGGAAGUGACAGUGAUUCUGACAAUGGAGGAGAAAAUUCUGAUAAUUCUUCUAGUUCUUCAAUUUCUUCACAUAACACUUCUAAAAAUGGUCGAAAUACUGUUGGGGGUGGUGGUGAUUCCAACAAUUCGUCUCCUUUAAAAAAACGAUUUGGGCGGCGAAGACGAAAGCGUCAACAAAUAAAAUCUUUUGCACGUGAAGAGAUUUUACGUAAACGUUCACACCCAGCUGCUUUACAUCCCGAUAUCGGAUUCAACGAACCAGGCCAACUUAACGAUGGCCCUCUAUGCAAAUGUUCUUGGGCUGCAAAACAAACUGGGGUUAGACAUGGAAAAUUUGCUGGGGAAAAAGCUUUUCCUCGUUGUGAUUGGAAUUCUAGUAAUAUUGAACGUUUAUAUCAUUAUGUUCUUCAUGUUGAGCCCAAUCCUGCAUCACUAUCACGUCAUCCAACACAAAUUCAAAUUGAUGGUCAUUGCUACAAAUUUGAUGGUUUUUCUGUUUUCUUUCACAAACCUUUACCUGAACGUUUCCCUCAACGUCCAAUAAAUCAAUGGACACAACAUUUUCAAGUGAGAUUUUUACAUGAAAAUGCUCCAGAGAGUUUUACAGUUGCAGAUCUCGAAUUAUUUCAUUCUUUUCUUUUUGAAGGAAUUUUAGAACUUUACGAUUUAAAUAGACAAUUAAAUAUUUCAAAAGAAGAAAUUAACUCAUCUUGUCCAUUUUAUCAUUGUUUGCCAAGAUUUGCUAGAUCUUUACCAGAUAACGGAAAAGAGCUUUUACCACUUUCUUCAAUUCUUUCUCAUUUUAUUACAAAUUUUACGCCUUUAGUAGAUGACCGAUUAGCUCAAUAUUUUCACAUUAACCCUUUGGCACUAGUUGAUUUUGCUUGUCAAAAGAAGGGGGAAAUUUGUAUAAAUCCUAAAAAGAAACCUUUGGCAAUACGUUUGGAUUUGUUAGAAAAAUCUGCAGACAAUAAAGAAUUUUAUCCAAUAAUUACACAUUUUGGUAUAAAACCUAAUGCAUAUGCUUUUUUGGCUAGACCACAGUAA